AUGUCCCCCUCGCUCUCCCUAUCCACCCUCACCCUCCUCCCCCUCCGCCUCCCAUUCCGCCGCCCACAUAAAGCAGAAGCGAUACACCGCAUAAGGCUGAAUGCGCUCGCGCUGCUGACGCUGUGUGUGCUGGCGUGGUUGUUGCCGGUGCCGAGUGUGCCUGUUGCGAUUGGGGUGGUGGGGAGGGAGUUUUUGUUUGCGCGGGGGGGUGGUGGGGUUGGAGGUGGUGGUGGUGGUGCGCGUGGUAGUGGUGCGCGUGGAGGUGGGUAUGUGGGUGCGGGUGCGGGGCAUGCGAUGCGCAGGGGGUAUGGGUAUGGACAGGGACAGGGAUAUGCGCAGAGGAUGGUGGAUGUCGAUGAGCCGCACGGCGCGUGGCGCGUGUGGAUGUGGGUGUGUAUAAUCGAAUCAAGCAUGGUAGCCAUAAUGACAUACAACCUCAUCGAAGCAGGCUACGCACUGCGGUACCCGCCUCCCCCGCUCCCUCCCUCCUCUUCCUCUUCCUCGGGGUCUCCUUUAUCACCAAAGAGACUUCCUUCUUCCCCUUUCUCCGUGUCCCACUCCCCUUCUUCGCCGUCACCGUUCUCACUCUCCCAAUCGCAAGGACAAGGACAAGGACAAGGACAGGGAUCCCCGCUAUCCAACUCGACAGGGAGAGCCCAGCGCCCAUUCAAAGUCCUCUCGCCACUUAGCAGUCCACAAGCACAGCGCCCGUUUUCGUUCGGUGCCAGCAUGGGUAUGGGGAGGAGUAUGGGUGGGCCUUUUACGGCGGCGUCGUCGUCAUUUGCGCGGAGUACGGGGGGCAGUCCAUUUUUGGGGGCUUCGUCUGUGGGUGGUGGUGCGGUGGAUGGGAGUGGUGUAGGAGGGGGUGCAGGGGGAGGGGGAGGGGAUUUGUCUGUUGCGAAUUCAAACGUCAACGCCAAUCCUAGCUCUACCAACUCCAACUCGAACAACAAUCCUAAUUCCAUUAACAACACCAACACCAACGCGAACGCGAACGCGAACACAAAUAUAAAUUCAAAUGCCAACGUAAACGCGAACACGAACGCGAAUAUGAACACGAACACGAAUCCGAAUGCAAACACAAACACAAAUUCAAAUUCAAACACGAACACGAACACGAACAACAACGUGAACACAACGGCAUACGCACAAUCGCCCAUCUCGACGCCCUCGCGCGUUAUACACUACACUUCGCCUGGUAUACCUCUUCCGCACCACGCCUCCUCCAUGUCCGCAUCCGCCUCGAUGGGCGGGAGCUUGAAUGGGAGCAUAGGGAUGGGGAGCGAAUACGAGUAUCUCUCCACGCCGAGCCCCGUGAUUAGUGCGUAUAGAGGGAAACAUGUUGGGGAUGUUGGACGUGCACUGGACGGCUCGUAUGUGUCGCUUAUGAUGCGCAGUCGGCGCGGGCGCGGGGGUGCGGGUGCGGAUGAGGAUGAGGAUGAAGAGUAG